CUCCAGGCAGAUAAAUUGUUGAAAGCACUGAAGCAACAUUUUCAUGAAACAAAACAAGAAAAUGAAAAUAUGGACUCUGGAAAAAUUGCAUCUGCUUCCAUCGAAUCAGAUGAAAUGAGCAAUCAGGAAGAAAUUAUGCUUGAUUCAGUGUGUUUUAUUACAAAAAGACGUGUUAAAGAAAAGAAAACGACAAGAAAAAAGAGGAACUCCAAUGAGGAAAUGAUUAUCAAUGAAGAAAAUACAGAGCUUUCUGAUGAGAAAGAGGAGCAUUCUGAAAUGAAAGAAAACGAAGUGCCUCAGGGUGAGCAUGAAAAGGGACAGAAGGUAUUCCAAAAUGAGGAACAAGUAACUAAAAAGAGAGCUGUUGAGAAACCAGAGAUGAGUACUGGUCAGAAAGAACAACCAGAGAAGACUUCUACUAAAAGUAGUGAAGAUGAAUGUGGUGCUCAUCAUGCAGGAGGGAAGAUGCCUUUACAUGUAGGCCACGCAUCUAGGUCUGGGAAAACAGGAACGAAAGCCACUACACCAAACUUUAAAAAGUUGCAUGAGGCUCACUUCAAGAAAAUGGAAUCUAUUGCUGACUACAUUGAGAGGAAGAAAAAAAUGAUUGAAAACUGCAGCAGUUCUCUUCAUGAAGUCAAGAAUCGAACCAGUGGCAAAACACCCUUAUUCAGCCCGAACCCAGAAAGAGGCAGAUUCUCCGCCACCUGCACUCCUAGUAACCUCCGGCGUUCACCACGCAGUUCUCUGAACACUGCCAAUCGGAGUAUUUUAUCUAGGAAAUCUUCAUUUAAUCCUUCUGUCCUUUCAACAACCAAAAUGAAUGUCAGGUUCUCGGAAGCCACAAAAGAUAAUGAGCAUAAACGCUCUCUUACUAAGACUCCAUCUAGAAUGUCUCCAUACUUGGAGAUCUGCACGCCUGAUAGCCAAAAAAGCUGCAAACUAAUAAGUCAGAAAAACAGCAAAGGAAAUGAAAACAAUAAUGAUCUGACUGCGUCAAAGGUUAUCACCCCCUUCAAGUUUGCAGCUCACCCUGCAGAACCCACAAGCACAAAGAAGACGUUUGAUCUCAAAGCAAGUCUCUCAAGGCCGCUUCGGUAUCAGCCACAUAAAGGACGACUAAAACCUUGGGGAGAAUUCAAAGAAAAUGCUGUUCUAAAUAAGUCUGCCGGUAGCAACGUCUCUUCACAUAAGAAAGAUUACAAACAGCCACAUCUCCAGACAAGGGAAGAAAGGCGUGAGAAACAUGAGCAAGAGAGAAAAAAGAAAAAGGCUCAGGCUCUCGGAAACCGUAGAGGACUAUCUGUGGGUUAG